GACUGUACAGCUGCACUGCUCAAAGAGGUCCGAACAAGACGAAGCCAUCCCACCUUCCAGUAUCCGUUGCGUCAGCAUAGCAACAGCUAGACAGUGCAGGCCCGAAGCGGCGCGAUCAUGGCGACGAUUAACCUCUUCAUCCACUCGCCGGGGUCGGCCAUCUCCUCCGAGCGUCGAUUACCCUCGACGGUACCACUCCACCAGCUCAAAGGGCAACUGGAACGCAUCACAGGUGUACCUCCUAUGGACCAAGUUCUUUCGCUCCAUUCGGCCCGUACAGAUGACCCGGACGUGAGGGCAGUACUCAUCGCUCAGCUGCAGGGCGACGACAAGAGCCUCGAGGACUACGGGGUGCGGGAGGGUAUGAGCAUCAAGGUGCAAGAUACGCGACCGGCCCCGUUAGCAAAUCAAUUCCUCGAUGACAGUCAGGUGGAAAAGUUCGAGCUGAGCGAAGAAGCAUACGCCCAGCGGCGGGACACCGUGCUCGCGUACAAACAACGCAACAAGAUGGGCCGUUUCGACCCUUCACAUCCAUCCAAUGAUGCUUCAUCAGCCUCUUCCAACGCAGCCAAGUACUGCGAGCCGCUUCCUCCAGAUUUCAAGCUAGGCGCACGGUGCGAAGUCGACACCGUGGCGUCCGGUGCUGGCAAACGCGGGACAGUACGCUUUAUCGGUGAGACAGAGUUUGGCGCAGGGCCCGGUGCGGCGGCGGCCGGCGGCAAAUGGAUCGGAGUCGAAUAUGAUGAACCGGUAGGGAAAAACGAUGGAAGUGUUGCCGGCAAGCGUUAUUUCAGUUGCAGGCUAAAGUACGGUGGCUUUGCCAGACCAGACAAGGUCAAGGUGGGAGACUACCCAGAGGAAGAGAUUGACCUUGAGGACGAUGACGCCGAGUUAUGAAAUUCAAAGCAGAAAGUUUCAGCAUAAUACUGCCAUGCUCUACUCUACAUUGAUCUUAGGAUGGGGCUCGUUGGCCAUCCGUUGCAGCGUGUCAAAAUCGCCAGAAUGCUUGCACAUCUUAUAGAAGUGACCCUCACUGUUUUCCAGUAGAUUCUUCGGACUAUCAAAUUCAACGACUUUGCCGUUGUCUAGUACCAGCACACGGUCAAAGCUGGCAAUGGUCGUCAGACGAUGAGCGAUGACCAGCAUGAUAUGGUCGGUGAAGUGCUCGCGGAUGGCCCGCUGGAUCUGCUGGUCGGUUUGAAAGUCAAUGCUCGCGGUUGCCUCAUCAGCGAUGACGAUCCUCGAAUCACGCAGCAUGGCACGUGCCAUUGCUAGCAGCUGCCGUUGUCCCUGCGAGAGGUUUCCACCCCCUUCGGAAACCUUAGAGUCGAGCGUGAGGCUGGCUUUGGGGAUGUGCUCUAUAGUCUCAUGGUGCGACGCCGUAAGCAACAUC